AUGUCACUAAUUGCAUUUAAUCUUUAUAUUGUCGCUUGUAUUGCAUUUCAUAACGCUGGAGGCCAAGAACUGGACAAUGUUAUUGCAUGUGGGGGUUUUAUUAACUUAGGAAACACAGUGGACUCUCAAUUAACUUAUGAAGAACUCAAGAUUGAGUUACAGAUAGAUAAGCACGACAUAAUUAAAGAAGUAGCUGAGGUGUUGCCUAAUGGGGCAUACUCCGUUCCCGUUUACGAUGCUGGCCAAUACCGCAUUCGUUUGUAUGCUCCAAGCGGCUGGAUCUUUCAUCCAUCUGAAGGCCAUGUUGUAACUGCUGGUCUAGAAACUGGACCUGCUGGUUUAUUCGUCACGUUGAUAAACACUGAGCCUCCUGGCCUUAAUAUAAAAACCCAGACCAAAUCCAAAGGGUUAUUCCUGCUUACGCCUGUUCCAAGCGGUCAUUAUACGAUUCUUGUUGGUGACAGCUCCGAAGAUAUUCACAAAACAACUAGAGCAAUUAGUGAAGGCCAUUUUCUCCGGGGAACGGUAAGGGAAAGACAGGGACCUGAAUUAUUCGCUGAUUUGCGCGUUAUUCUUUUUGCUGCAAACAAGCAGACUGCUUCAUCAUAUUUUGCACAUAUAUCCAAGCCAUGUUCUUCUGCUUCAAACUCAUCUCUCGGAGAUAUUCCUCAUCAGUAUCAUGUUCCAGAGGAAAUAUUGAAUUCCGCCACAGCUAUAUGCGAAGUAAGAAUUACUUGA